AUGAAAAUGCUUCUGUUGGAUAUCUGGAUGCUUCUGGCCUUGAUUCCUUGUCCAGGGACCACAGAAGAGCUGUUUCAAGUGUCUGUUCAUCCAGCUCAGGCCCUGGUAGAGUUCGGACACUCCCUAACCGUCAACUGCAGUACCACCUGUCCAGACCCUGGGCCCAGUGGAAUUGAGACAUUCUUCAAGAAAACACAGCUAAGCAAAGGAUCCCAGUGGAAAGAGUUUCUCCUGGAGGACAUCACUGAGAACUCUGUGCUGCAAUGCUUCUUCUCUUGUGCAGGGGUGCAGAAGGACACAGCGCUCGACAUCAUCAUGUACCAGCCACCAGAGCAGGUGAUCCUGGACUUGCAGCCCGAGUGGGUGACUGUGGAUGAAAUCGCCACAGUGAAGUGUCAUGUGCCCAGUGUGGCACCCCUGCAGAGCCUCACCCUGACCCUCCUCCAGGGUGACCGAGAACUGCACAGAAAAGUCUUCCUGAGUUUAUCUUUGGUAUCCCAAAGAGCUGAGGUCACUGUCAAUGUCAGAGCCCACCGGGAGAAUGACAGGCACAAUUUCUCCUGCCGAGCAGAACUGGAUCUGAGCCCACAAGGUGGGGGGCUGUUUCAUGGCAGCUCAGCCACCAAGCAACUCCGGAUCUUUGAAUUCUCUCAGCAUCCCCAGAUCGGGGUGCGUUCGCUGCUGGAAGUUGGGAUGACUGAGCUUGUGAGCUGUGAGGUGACAAAGGUGUUUCCAGCCCAGGAAGCUGUCUUCCGAAUAUUCCUGGAAGACCAGGAGCUGAGCCCUUUCUCUUCCUGGAAGGAAGACGCAGCAUGGGCCAGUGCAACCAUGUGGGCCAUGGAGACAGGUGACCAGGAGCUGACCUGCCUUGUGUCUCUGGGUCCCGUGGAGCAGAAAGCAAGGAAACCAGUGUAUGUCUACAGUUUCCCUCCACCCAUCCUGGAGAUAGAAGAUGCUUACCCUCUGGCAGGGACAGACGUUAAUGUGACCUGCUCAGGUCAUGAGUUAACAUCACCUAUCCCUACUCUUCGGCUCCAGGGAUCCCUAAACCUCUCUGCUCCCGGGGAGCCUGCCUGGCUUCUGUUUACUGCCAGGGAGGAAGAUGAUGGCCGGACUCUCUCCUGUGAGGCCUCUUUGGAGGUACGGGGCCAGCGACUGGUCAAAACCACUGAGAUCCAGCUUCAUGUCUUAUACAAGCCAAGGUUUCAGGAAUCCGGCUGUCCUGGCAACCAGAUAUGGGAAGAAGGGAUGGAUCAGAUGCUUGCCUGCAUCCCAGAGGGAAACCCCAUCCCGGCUUUGGUGUGUACCUGGAAUGGGAUGAUCUUUGACCUUGAUGUACCUCAGAAGGCCACCCAGAACCACACGGGAACCUACUGCUGCACAGCAACCAACCCACUAGGCUCUGUCAGCAAAGACAUUGCUGUCAUUGUCCAAGGCCUGCAUGAGGGGAUCAGCUCCUCCACCAUCUUCAUCAUCAUCGUCUUCAGCCUGGGCAUGGCUGUGAUCACCAUAGCAGCAUAUCUGAACUACCACCCCUGCAAGAGAGGCAGUAGGAAACGGACAGACAGGCAGAAAGAGCAGAACAAAGGCGAGGAGAGCCGGUUCUCGGAUAUACAGGCUGAGGAGUGCAAAGCACACGCGCAUCUCUGCUGA